AUGGGCGCUAAUCAAUUUGCCGAUAGAUUUAUCCUUCCACCCGAGUCCGCUCGAAGUGCCUACGAAACCCUCAUGCAGCGUCAAAAACGCACGCCCAGUACUAUCACGCUUCCCAAUGGUACCAUAGCCUUUUGGCUUAAAAAUGCCAAGGCCGAAAAAUUGGUGAUUUAUUUUCCCGGUGGAGGGUACUGUAUUCCCGCAUUGCCAGGACAUUUUGAUCUCGUCGACGCACUUGCCAAAGAUCUUGAGAAGCAUGGCCAAGAUGCAGGGAUAUUAUUUAUGACCUAUGACCUAGCUCCGCUUGGUCGAUGGCCCCGACAACUAGAGCAAGCGUUAUCUCUCCUUCAGUAUGCGAUCGAAGUCUUGGGUAAACGCCCCUCGGAUAUCAUACUCCAAGGCGACUCGUCCGGUGCCCAUCUGGUACUUGCAGUGCUAUCGCAUCUCGCUCACCCCCAUCCGCACAGCAGCAUAGCACCUCUGACGCUCAAUGAGAAUCUCCGCGGGGCACUUCUGUUGUCACCGUGGAUUGAUUUCCAACUCGAUCAUAAAAGUUUCCAUACCAAUGCAGAUAGAGAUGCUAUUUCGGCUAAAUCUCUCGGUUUAUGGGCCCAGGCACUACUUGGUGAUUCACAAGGUGAUGUAUACAGUCAUCCGGCUGAGGCACCUGCGGGGUGGUGGAGAGUACUUCCUGUGGAAGAUAUCUUUAUCGGAGUUGGAGGGGAUGAGGUUCUUUUGGAUUCAAUUAUGAGAUUGGCACACAAGAUCAAGUCCGAACAUUCCGGUGUUUUCAUUAGUCGCAUCGCUCGAGAGUUCCAUGUCGAGCCUAUCACGAACUUUGGUUUGAAGCUUCCCCCUGGCUCCCAGUUUCAGGCCAUGGCGGCUUGGUUGAAUCUAGUAUUAGGAGAUCAUAAUGGACCCGCCAAUACCUCCCAAUGA